AUUUGAUAUCCCUUUAUACGAGUGCAUAUUUUGCUCUUUGUUUUGUUUUUUGUUUUUUUAUUUUAUAUAACCUCUCAAAAUGAACUCAAAGUCAUUCAAAGAUGUCCCCACCGAAAUCACCGAUACGAAUCUCGUGAUGUUUAUGCGGAAGCAUGUGGAGCCAGUGCCGUACAAGACAAUAAUCGCCCACUUUUGUACAUCGGAGUCGAAAAUGGAGUUAAUGAAGUCGAAACUCAAUAAGACUUUGGUCAUGUCCAUCAACUCUGGCCUGAUAGUACACUGCAACAAUUUCUUCUUUGCUCGCUCUCAUGCGGAUGACAUGGAGGAUGUUAUCGAUCUAAGUCAGGUCGAUGAGGCAUCAUCAGAUGUUAGCAUCAUUUCGUUUUCCAGCUGCGAGAGUGUGGACUAUCCAAUUACGCCUAAAGAUAAAAAAACACCUAACAAAGCUAACCCCUCGCCAGUGGCAGUGCCCAAGAAGCGGCGACAAAAGAAGAAGUCCAAUGCCGAGUGAUAACCCAACAUCUACAUUACCCAUGUAUAUGAGUCACCUGUAUCUGAUCUUAACACUGGGCAUAUGAUAGCCAAAUUUUUACGUUUAUAC